GGAGGCGGGGGGUGGGGGGUCUCAGUGGGCUUUUGCUGCACUGACAGUUCGGCUGCCUUAACCGUCCGCUCGGGCCGGAGGCGAGCCGGACCUGCCGUGUUCAAGCACGACAGCAUAACCGGCAGAAUGUCGGAUUUUGAAGAAUUUGAGAAGCAGCUGAGUGAGAAUCGACAAGAACGAGAACGAGAGCGGCAUAAAAAGAGGAGUCGCAGCGGAUCUCUUGGCCGCGGCGACAAACAUCGCAGCUGGAGUAAGGACCGAGGGAGCCGCAGCCGAGAGAAGCGGAGCCGCAGCCGAGACCGCAAGAGCCGAGACCGUCGCAGCUCCUCGCGGGACCACAAAAAGCACAGCCACUCUCCAAGACGAACAAGGAAGAAAAGAAUCUGCAAAUACUGGGACGUGCCUCCCCCUGGCUUUGAGCACAUCACUCCAAUGCAGUAUAAAGCUAUGCAAGCUGCUGGGCAGAUUCCAACGAUCGCUCUGCUGGCAACCUCCACCACCACUGGAGUGGCUGCAGCGCCGACACAAGUCCCCAUAGUUGGCAGUCAGAUGACAAGACAAGCCAGACGCCUCUACGUUGGAAAUAUUCCUUUCGGAGUGACUGAAGAAUCCAUGGCCGAGUUCUUUAACGCUCAGAUGCGGCUUGCAGGCCUUUCACAAGCUCCAAGUAACCCUGUGCUCGCUGUGCAGAUUAAUCAGGAUAAGAACUUUGCUUUCCUAGAGUUUCGGUCUGUGGAUGAGACGACGCAGGCCAUGGCCUUUGAUGGAAUCAUUUUCCAGGGUCAGUCACUGAAGAUCAGAAGACCUCACGACUAUCGACCUCUACCUGGUAUCUCAGAGCAGCCUGCCUUCCACGUCCCAGGUGUCGUCUCCACUGUCGUCCCUGAUUCCCCCCAUAAACUUUUUAUAGGAGGACUACCCAACUACCUUAACGAUGACCAGGUUAAGGAGCUCUUGACCUCAUUCGGGCCACUUAAAGCGUUCAAUCUUGUGAAGGACAGUGCGACAUCACUGUCAAAAGGUUACGCCUUUUGUGAAUAUGUAGACAUCAGUGCAACAGAUCAGGCCGUAGCUGGGCUCAAUGGAAUGCAGCUGGGUGAUAAAAAGCUGAUAGUCCAAAGAGCGAGCGUGGGAGCUAAAAACGCCAACCCUACCUCCAUAGUAGAGACCCCAGUAACGCUGCAGGUCCCCGGGCUACAGAGGCUGCAAAACUCUGGCAUGCCCACCGAGGUACUGUGCCUUCUAAACAUGGUAAUGCCAGAGGAAUUGGUGGACGACGAGGACUACGAGGAGAUCCUGGAAGACAUCCGUGAAGAGUGUUGCAAGUAUGGAAGCGUUCGCUCCAUCGAGAUCCCCCGCCCUGUCGACGGUGUGGAAGUCCCUGGGUGUGGAAAAAUCUUCGUGGAGUACGUCUCAGCUGCAGACUGUCAGAAAGCCAUGCAGGCCCUCACCGGCCGCAAGUUUGCCAACAGAGUCGUGGUCACCAAAUACUACGAUCCAGACAUGUAUCACAGACACGAGUUUUAAAGGCGGAUCUGACAGGAGCGUCUUUCUUGUCAUUUCUGUUUGUCAGCUUGGGUUCAAGUUAGUUUAUUUAGUGCUCUGAAUGUUGUGAAUGUGUCCUUAGAAACUAGACUUGAUAAAUACAUAUUAUGAUGUCUUCUACUUAACAAACUAAACUGCAAUGCGUGUUUCUUCAAUACUGAAUAUUUAACUCCCAACAAUACCUGUAACAUGAACUGAUCUCAUUCUGGUUUUGCAUAAAAGCUGUAGUAGAUAUUACAUUUGCUGUAGAAUAACUGCCAAACCUAAACAUAUACUGUAAUAUUGCCUGACAUUGCCAGAGUAGCUGUCCUAUCAAGUAUAUGUCAUGUGAGGAAAAGAGAAAAAGAGGCGCAUUUACAUUUUUCUUCAAGUAUUUUUACUCAAAUCUGAAAAGCCAUCAUAAUUUACAUAUUUAAUACUACUCCAUUGAUUACUGUAAUUAUUAUUUUUUGUAUGCCAAAUCUUGAAAACAUAUGAUGCUAGUAUUUCUUACGAACACCUAAUGGCCUCAUACUUUGUCAAAAGUGAGAAAAUACUGUAUAUAUUAUUACAAAUAUAAUUUUGUAAAUAUAAAACAAGUCUAAGUAAGAUAUGUAUAUUCAGCUGGCCACAUACAGUGAAGCAGAGGCCACUUGAACUUCUACACAAUAAUACUUCUACAAAAUAAUAUUAUGGUCCACGUUUAGGGAGUGGGGCCUAAUGCUGGUAGGGAAACUUGAACUAGUACUGUAAUGGUGGGAUUUUACAAACAACUGUCAGUCAGCGAUGUCAUUCAUCAUUUGUUGUCAGCAUCAUAUUCUAAAAUAAUAAAGCCUAGAGAAAAUGUUACCAAAAGAAACCAACAUAUUUUUUUCACAGUAUUAAACUUAUUUAGUUGUGCGGUUUUAUUGUCUGUAAUUUACAUAUACAGUACAGCAUUCAAACACAUGGGGAUGAUGGCCAGUUGACCAUGAAGCAAACUUGUAUUUUCACAAUAAAACUGUCUUGUGUAUUAAUUAGAAUAUAUUAAAUUAUACUAUACAAUCAUGUGCAGAAUAUACAGUACUGUAUUGUGACUUUUUAAAACUAAAACAUAUUAAAAAAUUUCUAAUUGUUUUGGGUCUUAGUUUUAGGUAAAUACUGUAAAACAACAACACUUUCUUUACUGUGCAUUUAUUUAUUUAUAUAACGUUAAUUAAGCCCAAAAGAAAGGUUCCUCCAGUGAUUUUGUUAGUUUAGCUGAAAUAGUUUGAAGUAAUUGUUUGUUGUAAGACCUUCUUUCUUUUUCACAUUACUCCAGUUAAUUAUGACCCUUUGGGCAUUCACCUCUGCAUUUCUGCUCAGUGGAUGGAACCAACCAACAGCAGCAAUGAGGUGUUCCAUUUAAACACAGUUUGUGUUUUUCUCAACAUGGGAUGCAUGCAGUUUCACAAUUGUCACUUGUGCGUUCGUGCUUUGUAUCUUAGUCCAUUAGAACAAAUUGUACUUGUUCAGUCUCCUUAUAAUUAUGCUGCUUUGGAUUGAAACAUGUUUAGCUAGACCUGUAGGGUCUGUAAAGCAAACUGGCAAACGUUCUGCCUUUAUAGAGGUCUUCAGAACUGCUGACAAUGAUCACAAGCUCCAGAUUAUAACUUUCCUGUUAAACUCUGUGGAAGUAAUAAAGUUAAGGGGGGUACUUUACUUUGCAUUGUCAUUUUUUUUUCAAUACAUAAAUGCAUAUUGAAAAAAGUUAAAUGUUGUUUUUAGCACAACACUGUACAACUGUAAUUUAUCCAUUUUUGACGGCUAACUACUACUAAAUCUUCUUAUCAUGUAUCCCUGCCUCUGUAUUUGCCUUCAAUAAAGGCCUGUGUCCACUGUC